AUGCCCAACCUCGUCGCCAUCGACGUCUCGGUCACCGACGACCGCAUCCGGCUCGUCUUCUCAGACCGCGCCGUGGCCUCGGCCUACGCCGCCUACCUCCGCGCCCAAGACCUCCGGCCCCCGCAGUACCAGACCAUCCCGGGCUACCAGCGCUCGCCCCAGCUUCACACCACCACCAAGGAGGUCAGCCUGUCGCUGCCCAACUUCAUCACCUGGUUCAUCACCUGCCGGCUUCCGGACGACGAAGACGCCGUGACCUUCACCUUCAUGGACGAGCACGAGGCGCACGCGGCGCGCUGGGCCGACGCCAUGCUUCUCUUCGAGCCCGCCCCUCGCGGCCCCGCCUCGGAAUCCUCCUCCACCGCCGUCGGCGACGAAGACGACUACUACGACUACGACUACGACGACUCCAGCAGCCACCACAGCAGCAGCCACCACCCCUUCACCAACAACAGCAACUCCCACCCACUACCACCACCACCGCAACAGCCCUUACCAAACCAACAACCACCACCAACAGCGGCGUCUCCAGUCCCUGUUCCACUCUCGACCCCUGAGAAGAACGACGACAAGUCGCUCCGGUCCUCCUCGACGAGUGCCCCAACUACCCACACCAAUGUCCAAAUUAGAAUAUCCAAGUCCACACUACCGGGGCGAUGGCACCCUCCAGCCAAAUAUACCUUGCAAGCCAUGCUCAGCACCUCCAGCGGGAAGUCGAGCGGCCAUUCCGGCCCUCGUACCACAGUCUUUCUCCCAGACUACGAGCCUAGUCGACCACCCGAACUCAAGCUCGACGACAUCGACGAUAUUGACGUUUUCAACUUCUACAACCCCUGCCUCCUCCCACCAUCCCCCAUCCGGCCGUUCCCGGCCAGGUCGCACACCGAUCCCACCUUAAACCUCCCCGCGCCGCCGCCCUACUCGCGGGACCCACCACCCGACUCCAUGUCCGCCCCCGGCCUGCGGAGGUCAACCUACACCGUGAGCCGGCGGGGCCGCGAAACCAACCCCCGCCGCACCAACUACGUCGCCAUCAUGCCACCAGCACCAGCAUCACGGCCGCGGUCACCGUCCCCGCCACAAUCAAACCCCGAGCUUGACCUCGUCUCCCCGCUCUCCAUUCAGCGCUCCCCCUCCCCCUUGACCUGCCUGUCUUUCUACUAUUCCGAACUUAACUACAACCCUUUCCGUGACGGACUGCUACAUGUCCUGGGCUCUGGCGAGACAGCAGCCGAGUAUGACAGGUGGACUCAGGGACUCAGUUCCUUGCCAGAGCAUCUGAGUCACUGGAAUGCCAUCAACCUUGAUCACCAGCAACAAUUCGAUGAGCUCUGGAGCAGGCUCCGCUUCAACAGGAACGUGUUGGACCACUACAUGAACACCUUUGUCUUCCCAGCCCACGCGCGGCAAUUUGAGGUCAAGAUCCAGGCGUCGGGGUGGGAUCUCCCUCUGUUACCCAUGUCCUCUGACCCCACUGUGCCUUCUCGUGCGAUCUCGACAGGAUUCAGUGGGACAACGACUAGCAGAAUGCUGCUUCCGUUAGAAUCAAGCUGA